AUGGCGGGAAGAAACCACUUGAAGGAGGAGAAAUCUCGAAGCAGCAGCCCGAGCCACAUCUUCAUCCAACAGAAUCCAUAUUCAUGUCCGCGAGGAGGAUCCAAGUUGGUCUCGAGCCAUGCGAGGAAGUUCCAGAGCGCGGGUAAACGUCGUCGACAGGAGGUGUUGGCACAUCAGGGAGCAGAGUAUGCUCGAAGCCUUGUGGGAUGGAGGGCGGCUUCGAGUACUCCAGUCUCGCUGAAGGAGAGCCCUACCUCUUCGUCGACCGAGGGCAAGAUGGUCCUUGGCAUGAAGGUCUCUGCUUUGCAAGACGCCUCCAUAGCUAUGGUCGUCGGAGAGUCACCUGGGCAGCAAGAUGGAGGAAAGAAUGAAGGGGAUAAAGGCUCGAAGAUGACGCUCAACGUCGGAGGAGGCUUGCGCAUGGACCCGUUCAACGCCUUUCCAACCUCCAACAGCAAGACGGUCAACAUGAUGGUCGAUUAUCACAUCCAUGUUUGGGGACCGCACAUGUCCGGCUUCUUUGAUUCUUGCAUGGGUUACAAUACCCAAUUGGAUCUUUGUUGGCCAAUUGCCAUGCAGGAUGAAAUGCUCUUCGACGCCACGAUUGCCGUAAGUCGAUCAGCAUGGUUGAUCAGUAAUGGUUGUUCCGCGGCGGACGACUCCUUCAUGUUAUACCAUCGUGGUCUGGCACUGGCCAAGCUCCAACAACGCGUGAGUUUCACGGCACCCUGCGCCGAGGUUGAAGUUAUCUUCACCAUUGGGAGAAUGCUCAGUAUUGCCUACAUGACAAACGAGCGUGAUGCCUUCAACCUCCAUAUCGAAGCUUAUCAAGCACUAGUGGAACAAUAUAUCCACGCGAACCCCGGGACAGACAUCUCACGCAUCAAUGUUAACCGUCUCCGAUGCUGGAAAGCAGUCCAUGCAUAUAGGACCGAACGAGACCUCGUGCGCGACCCUUCACUUCAAGGCUCUCCCUCUCAAUUGUCUUCUGAGACACAGUCGAGGCAAUCGAUAUCACCACAACCCGAGACUUCCAAACAGAAGGAGAAGUUGACGCCGACGUCCCCUUUCUCUUACGCGACAUUGAGUCCCGGAACCAUAUACUGGAUCAGUAUUCUGAACAAACUGCUGGUCCAGCAAGACUCAGCACAUCCCUGGUCUAGAGCUGUAACUGCAAGGGAGCUUGCCAGCCUCAGCGACCAGAUAUGUCAGGUGUUGGUGUGGGAAGACUUGUCAGCUGUCGAGUCACAACUCUGUUGUGCACUCGUGGCAUUCUGCCUCCAGCUCAAAUGCCACAACAAUACCCCUGAGACGACCGAUCACAGCGAAUCUCAAGCCGAGCUUCCAGACGAGCAGGACUUGUCCGAAUACAUCACGUCUCCAAGCGUACCACCCCUGAACGAGAUGGCCCAGACAUUCCUCAACAAGAGGCUCAGCGGGCUGUCAGGCAAUUCCGACCUGCGCAUCAUUGUGGCGUGGUCGGCGCUGGUGAUGGGCAGCUACCUCCUGCAGCACAUCGAUGGCUACGUGAGGAGGAAAGGGCACAUCAUCCUCGUCAGUCUCGACCUGGCUCUCCAGGCGGCAACGGGGCAGCAGUCGAAUGUCCAGGGCGAGACCUACAUCAACAACGGGUGGAGGAUACUGGAGGCGCAUCUCAAGGAGCCAAUGGGCCUGUUCUGGCAUGAGGAGCUCGCUGGGCGCUGGAAGCAUGACUGGAUCACCACGAUUGCGAGACAGCAGCGCUGGGCGGCGACGGGGCUCUGGAUCAUCGGCGCGCCAAAAACGUUGCAUGCCGACGGUCGUCCCGGUGGCAGUGAGAAGGUCGAUGUGGUGGAACACCUGUUGUUGAAAGAUGCCAGGGACACGCUGCCUUUUGUCGACCGUUCUCCCGCAUCCGUGGGGUCGAUUUAUCCAGGCUUGUGA